AUGGACUCCGGCUACCCGUACUACACUGCCACCAACACAGGCCAGGACUCCUCCUCGGCACAGCACCACCUCCGACACCAGCAGAGCCAGGGCUAUGCUCGCCAACCCGAGCAGUCCUCCGCACGCCAAGUCUACUCCUACCCUGAGCAACUCGCCCCGGUCACCUCGUCGGCGGACAACUACCAAGCGUCCUACGCUCAGCACUCCCACCACCACCAGCAACACUCGCCAUAUCACUCCCCGACAUCGCAGGACGGCAUGGGUGGCACGCUGCCGCCCAUAGCCCACAGCCAAGGCGCGUACGCUCCGGGUGCCACUCGGUACGACGGGAGCCCGCCCCAGGGCGGUUACAUGCCUUCCAUAGGUCCCACGUUGCACGAGCCGUUCAGCACGUCGCGCUCCGCACCCGCGGGAGGGGCCGCCGCGGCGCGGAACAGCUGGGGGCACACGCACUCGGCGUCCUCGCGCUCUCCGCCCCACUAUGGCCGCGGCCUCGGCCUGUCGUCCUCCGCGUCGUUCCCGCCCGCCCGACACGGCGCGCAGCAGCACCCGUCGCUCGCGCACGCGACGCACUCGACGCAGCCGCAGCUCAUCCCGACGCCCGCGCAGGCCGCGCAGACGUACCACGCGCACCGGUACUCCUCGGGCUCCUCGUCGCCUGGGGGUCCCGGGCCCGUUGUCGCGUCCAUUCCGCCCGCGUCGGGCGGGGCGACGCCGACCGAGCGGUUCUACUGCGACAAGUGCAACAAGUCGUUCGGGCGGGCACACGACAAGAAGCGGCACUACGAGAGCGCGCACCUGCAAACGCACCACGAGUGCCGCUAUUGCCACAAGUGCUUCAGCCGGAACGACUCGCUCAAGCGACACAUAGACAACGGGUGCGAGAAAGACCCCAGCUUCCAGUCGUGA